AUGUCUGGUGACCUGGGCUCUCCGCUCACCCUGGCUGCUGCCGUGGGCUUGCCCUGCUCACCUUGUUCGGGGAUGGCCACCACAGAACCCCCAAAAAAGAAACCGGACCCUGUCACUUCGGAAACGGUGGUGAUCUGGGGGCUGCGCCUCUGGCAGGUGAUUGGUAUCUUUGCCAUCUUUGUCCUGGCAGUCAUUAUCACGCUGUGCUGUAUCUUCAAGUGCCGGAUUCCCCGGACAAAGAAAGAGAUUGAGGCACGAUAUGCUCAACGGCAAGCAGCCAAGACAUAUGCAGACAAACUGGAGACUGUGCCACCGCUCAACGAGCUGACAGAGAUCCCUGGAGCUCAGGUUGCAGAAGAAAAAAAAGAAGAAGUUCCCACUGUAUCUGGAAAAGUGGACAAGGCUCAGGGUAAGAAAGACGGAUCCAAAGGCUCCAAGAAGAAGGAUGGUGAAAAGGACCAGAAAGAAGGAUCCAAGAAAGAAGGGAAGGAUGGGGCCAAAAAGAAAGAAGGAGAAAAGGGAGAAAAGGGGGGAAAGGACACUACUGAGAAGAAACAAGGGGCUGGGAAGAAAGGUGAAAAAGAAGGUGAAGCAGUAAAAUCAGGAGGAGGCACUAAAACUAAUGGCAAGGCUGGUGGGAAUGCCAAAGCCCCAGCAAAGAAGAAGUGA